AUGGUUAGCAAGGAAGUCCACGGUGCACUCGCCGCCUUCGUCGCCGAGCGAGACUGGGUGCAGUUCCACACUCCGGAGAACCUUGCCAAGAGUGUCGUCGUCGAAGCCGGCGAGCUCCUCGAGAUCGCCCAGCUUGAUUUCUCCAAGGAUGCCGUCACGACGUGGAGAGCCCAUGACGAGAGACACAGCAACUGGCCUGUCGUGUACGUGUUGGACGAUGGCCGCGGCACCGCCCGGGCAAGUUCGAGCCAGCUGAGGGACAUCUACGUUGGGGAGUCGCUUAAUGCAGCUGGCCGACUGCGGCAGCACCUCGAAACGCCUGCAAAACAGCAUCUCAAGAACAUCCACGUCAUCUUCGAUGAAAGAUUCAACAAGUCGGUCUGCCUUGAUUUAGAAUCCUACCUCAUCAAGAUGCUGGCCGGUGACGGUGCCAGCCGAGUGCUCAACCGGAACAACGGCAUCACCGAAUCCAGAUACUUCCAACGCGAGUCAUAUCGCGAGGGCUUCCGCAACAUUUUCGAGCGACUUCGAGCCAAUGGCGUCUUCACGCGGGGUCUUCAUGAGAUCGAAAACAGCGAUCUGUUCAAGUUGUCACCGUUUAAGGCAUUGACAGACGAUCAAGCAGCUUCGGUCGAGGAGAUUGUCAAGGGCCUCCUUGCUGAUCUCGAGAGCGGCACCGACAGCAUGAUCGUGAUCCAGGGCGAUCCGGGCACCGGCAAAACGGUGGCGGCCAUAUACUUGAUCAAGCUGCUCGUCGACAUCCAGACUUUCACCACACUCGAAGAUUGGACAGCGACGCGCGUCGUGCCACAGCAGUCGCUGCGAUCUUCCAUCAAAGCUGUCUUCAAGAAAACGCCUGGACUCCAGCCCUCUAUGGUCAUGACGCCUUUUGACGUGGGACAGGCAGAUGGAAUCUUCAGCCUGCUGCUCGUCGAUGAGACUCAUCGGCUCAGUCAACGUGCCAACCAACCUUCAGGAGUGCUCAACGCCAAGUUUGCAACCAUCACGAGAGAGCUUUUUGGCGGCGACGACACCAGCAAGACCCAACUGGACUGGAUACGGGCCAAGAGCCGGCAUCAGAUAUUCCUGCUGGACGCAGCGCAGAGUGUCCGCCCGGCCGACCUGCCGUCGGAGUUGCUGUCGGGCCUGGUGGCCGACGCUCGUGCGUCGAGACGGCACUUCCAACUCCGGACGCAGAUGCGCGUGCGGGCGGGAUCCGACUUUGUGUCCUACGUCCGCUGGAUUCUUGACCCUCGUCCUCUCUCGCUUCCGCGGAUGCGACGCGAUUUCGGGGACUAUGACUUCCGCACCUUUGAAUGCGUCGCGCACAUGCGAGACGAAAUCUUCCAGCGCGAUGCAGAGGUGGGUCUUGCACGGAUGGUCGCCGGCUACGCGUGGGAGUGGAAGACGAAGAAGGACAAGACGGCGUUCGACAUCGAGAUCGGCGAUACGCAACUCUGCUGGAACAGCACAGCCACCGACUGGAUCUCCUCCAGCAACGCGCUCAAGGAAGUGGGAUCAAUCCACACGGUGCAGGGCUACGACCUGAACUACGUCGGCGUCAUUAUCGGUCUGGACCUGCGGACCUACUCGGACGAUGACCUGUUGCGGUUCAUCACACAGAUCUAUGCCGUGCUUAUGACGCGCGGGAUCCGGGGGACGUAUGUGUACGCAUGCGAUCAUGGGUUGCGGGAGUAUCUUAAAGGUCUCAUUCCAUUCCAUUCGUGA